GGCGGUGCAGCCGCUGGCCCGGGACCGCGGCCGGGACCCGGGGCGGCGGGCGGCGUGGGCGGCGCCCAGGGCUGGGAUGCGCCGGGGACUCCGUGGCGGCGGCGUUGGUGGCGGCGUCGGCGGCUGCGGGCGGACGAGGUAGCGCCGCGGCGCGGGGAGCCAGACCAGCCCGGCCGGCGAGCGGCGGCGGCGGCGGCGGCGGCGGCGGCGGCGCAGGCACAGCGGCGGCCGCAGCCGGAGCCCGAGCGCCGCGCGCCCACCAUGGCCGCCCAGGGCGAGCCCGGCUACCUGGCGGCGCAGUCGGACCCGGGCUCCAACAGCGAGCGCAGCACCGACUCGCCCAUGCCUGGCUCCGAGGACGACCUUGUCGCCGGGGCGCCCCUGCACAGCCCGGAGUGGAGCGAGGAGCGCUUCCGCGUGGACAGGAAGAAACUUGAGGCCAUGUUACAAGCUGCUGCCGAAGGAAAAGGCAAAAGUGGGGAAGACUUUUUUCAGAAGAUCAUGGAGGAAACAAAUACACAGAUUGCUUGGCCGUCAAAGCUGAAGAUCGGAGCCAAAUCCAAGAAAGAUCCCCAUAUUAAGGUUUCUGGAAAGAAAGAAGAUGUUAAGGAAGCCAAGGAAAUGAUCAUGUCUGUCUUAGACACAAAAAGCAAUCGGGUCACCUUGAAGAUGGACGUUUCGCAUACAGAACAUUCUCAUGUAAUCGGCAAAGGUGGCAACAACAUCAAAAAGGUGAUGGAAGAAACAGGAUGCCACAUCCACUUCCCAGAUUCCAACAGGAAUAACCAAGCAGAAAAAAGCAACCAGGUUUCUAUAGCAGGACAACCGGCAGGAGUCGAGUCUGCCCGAGUUAGAAUUCGGGAGCUGCUUCCUUUGGUGCUGAUGUUUGAGCUGCCGAUUGCUGGAAUUCUUCAGCCGGUUCCCGAUCCUAAUUCCCCCUCCAUCCAGCACAUAUCACAAACAUACAACAUUUCAGUGUCCUUUAAACAGCGCUCCCGAAUGUAUGGUGCUACUGUCAUAGUCCGAGGGUCUCAGAAUAACACUAGCGCUGUGAAGGAAGGAACUGCCAUGCUGUUGGAGCAUCUUGCCGGGAGCUUGGCAUCUGCUAUUCCCGUGAGCACACAGCUAGAUAUCGCAGCUCAGCAUCAUCUCUUUAUGAUGGGUCGAAAUGGAAGCAACAUCAAACAUAUCAUGCAGAGAACGGGUGCUCAGAUCCACUUUCCUGACCCCAGUAAUCCACAAAAGAAAUCCACCGUCUACCUCCAGGGCACCAUUGAGUCUGUCUGUCUUGCAAGGCAAUAUCUCAUGGGUUGUCUUCCUCUUGUGUUGAUGUUUGAUAUGAAGGAAGAAAUUGAAGUUGACCCACAGUUUAUUGCUCAGUUGAUGGAACAGCUGGAUGUCUUCGUUAGUAUUAAACCAAAGCCGAAGCAGCCGAGCAAGUCUGUGAUUGUGAAAAGUGUUGAACGAAAUGCCUUAAAUAUGUAUGAAGCAAGGAAAUGUCUCCUCGGACUUGAAAGCAGUGGGGUUACCAUAGCAACCAGUCCGUCCCCAGCAUCGUGCCCCGCCGGCCUGGCCUGUCCCAGCCUGGAUAUCUUAGCCUCGGCAGGCCUCGGACUCACUGGACUAGGUCUUCUGGGCCCCACCACCUUAUCUCUGAACACUUCGACAACCCCGAACUCACUCUUGAAUGCGCUUAAUAGCUCCGUCAGUCCUUUGCAAAGUCCAAGUUCUGGCACCCCCAGCCCCACAUUGUGGGCACCCCCACUUGCUAAUACUUCAAGUGCCACAGGCUUUUCUGCCGUACCACACCUUAUGAUUCCAUCUACCGCCCAAGCCACGUUAACCAAUAUCCUGUUGUCUGGAGUGCCCGCCUAUGGGCACACGGCCCCCUCCCCGCCUCCCGGCUUGACUCCUGUCGACGUGCACAUCAGCAGUAUGCAGACAGAAGGCAAAAAAAUCUCUGCUGCUUUAAAUGGACAUGCACAGCCUCCGAACAUAAAAUAUGGUGUAAUAGCCACGUCAUCGCUUGGAGAAAAAGUGCUGAGUGCGAAUCACGGUGAUCCGUCCAGACCGACAAGCGGAUCGGAGCAGGUGUCUCCCAAACCAAAUCCUGCCGAAGGUGGUAAUGAUGCUUUUGUGGAAGUAGGCAUGCCUCGGAGUCCUUCCCAUUCUGGGAACGCUGGCGACCUGAAGCAGAUGAUGGGUCCCUCCAAGGUUUCCUGUGCCAAGAGGCAGACAGUGGAGCUCUUGCACGGCACGAAAAACUCCCACUUACACAGCACUGACCGGCUGCUCUCAGACCCAGAGCUGAGCCCUGCGGAGAGCCCUCUGGCUGACAAGAAGGCUCCAGGGAGUGAGCGUGCUGCAGAGAGGGCCGCAGCAGCCCAGCAGAACUCGGAAAGGGCCCGCCUGGCCUCCCGGCCGUCAUAUGUCAACAUGCAGGCAUUUGAUUAUGAACAAAAGAAGCUAUUAGCAACCAAAGCUAUGUUAAAGAAACCCGUGGUGACGGAGGUCAGAACACCUACAAACACCUGGAGCGGCCUCGGGUUUUCUAAGUCCAUGCCAGCCGAGACCAUCAAGGAGCUGAGAAGGGCCAACCACGUGUCCUAUAAGCCCACAAUGACAACCACGUUUGAGGGCUCAUCAAUGUCCCUCUCGAGGUCCAACAGUCGUGAGCACUUGGGAAGUGGAAGUGAAUCGGAUAACUGGAGAGACCGAAAUGGAAUGGGACCCGCCAGCCAUAAUGAAUUUGCAGCUUCUAUUGGCAGCCCCAAGCGUAAACAAAACAAAUCAACGGAACACUAUCUCAGCAGCAGCAAUUACAUGGACUGCAUUUCCUCGCUGACAGGAAGCAAUGGCUGUAACCUCAACAGCUCUUUCAAAGGCUCUGACCUCCCCGAGCUCUUCAGCAAACUGGGUCUGGGCAAAUACACAGACGUCUUCCAGCAGCAAGAGAUCGAUCUUCAGACAUUCCUCACUCUCACAGAUCAGGAUCUGAAGGAGCUGGGAAUUACGACUUUUGGUGCCAGGAGGAAAAUGCUGCUUGCAAUCUCAGAACUAAAUAAAAACCGAAGAAAGCUUUUCGAACCGCCAAAUGCACGCACCUCUUUCCUGGAAGGUGGAGCCAGCGGGAGGCUGCCCCGCCAGUACCACGCGGACAUUGCGAGUGUCAGUGGCCGCUGGUAGCAGUGCCGCCGGGCACCCGCCGCCUUUCAUCGACGUGGAGACAGGAGAUCUGUGAGCGGCAUCACCGCCCCCGUCCUUAGCACUCUGGUGACUGGUAUCAGGACCAAAGCAUCUUACUCACACCUGAAUUUUGUGCCAAAAAGGAAGAAAAGAGAGAACAUGUUCUUGAUGUUUUUAUGUCAUCAUUCAGAAUACCACAUGCGGAUUACUUUUUUAAAAACCGGUAGCUGUACAGAAUUUGCAGUAUGAGGGUAGGGCUUUAUUUCCUGUUUUUAUUUACCUAUAUAACAUAUGCACUGACUUAUUAUUAUUAUUAUUUUUUACUUUUAAAAAAUGAAGGAUGAUUUGACAUCUGGGAUGCCAGAAAACAUUGAAGUUAUUGUUUGCUUGUUUUGGUAUUUGGGGAUUUAAAAAAAAUAAUAAUCAAAGUGGAAUUUUCUGGUACUGCUCUAAAAUAAGCAUUGAGGUCUUUCAGCACUUUACACUUUCUAAUUUCUUGUCCUGUGGAAAUUAUCUCUCUUCAUUUUUAUGUCACCUGAUGAAAUGGUACAAAUCAGAUUUAGU